AUGAGGUACCCCCUGGUGCCGCUGGUGAGCGACCUCACGUUUUCUUUCCUGGUGCUCCGGCUCUGCCUGCCCGUGAGCUUGCUGUUGCUCCUGCUGAUCGUCUGGCUCCGCUUCUUACUGAGCCAAGAUUCAGAGGAAAAUGACUCAGAUUUAUGCUUUGACUGGGAGCCCUGGAUCAAAGGUCCAGCCCAGUUUUGCUGGGAGGUACUCCGUAGCUAAAAGGAGGAGAGGCCCUGCUGUCUGGCUUUCCUGGAGUCAGCGGAGGGGUGGUGGUGGUAACCGAGGUGGAUGGGAGAGACUCACUGGUGCGGGAAGAGGACUCUGGCGAGUGAGGUGCUUCCCUGGGGUCCCCAACUCCCCUCCUGCACCAAUGGACUCAGGAAAGCCUCCAGAGGACCCAGCUCCUCUCUCACUACAGAUGAUCUCCCAGGGUCCCUGGGGAGGAGCCCGAGCCUGUGA